AUGGUGGUUGUACCAUAUUCAAAUGCUGUGGGAUCUGUGAUGUAUGUGAUGAUAUGCAUUAGGCCAGAUUUAGCUCAUGCCAUUAGUGUCUUGAGUAGAUACAUGGCUAAUCCCGGCCGAGAUCAUUGGGAGGCAAUGAAAUGCCUUCUACGAUAUUUGAAGCAUUCGAUUAGUGAAGGAUUGUCUUAUAAAGGAAAUUCAAGUGAAGUUGAACUAAUUGGGUAUGUGGAUUCUGACUAUGCUAGUGAUAGGGAUAGAAGGAGAUCUAUGCCUUCUUAUGUGCUCACUUUGGGUGGAAAUUGUAUAAGUUGGAAGUUUCAUCUACAACCUGUGGUGGCUUUAUUGGCAACUAAAUCUGAGUAUAUGGCAACAACAGAGGCUACAAAAGAAGCCAUUUGGCUUAAAGGUCUGUUAAUAGAACUUAAAGCACUUAAUCAAGAGGUUGUUUUAUAUUCAGAUAGUCAAAGUGCAAUCCACUUGUGUAAAAAUCUGGUGUUUCAUGAAAGAUCUAAGCAUAUUCAGGUUAGGUAUCACUUUAUCCGAGACAUGACAGCUCAACAGGUAAUUAAGUUGAAGAAAAUCCCUACUGAGCUCAAUCCUUCUGAUAUGGGUACAAAGGUGCUAAUUGUUAGCAAGUUUAAUACUUGCAAGAAUCUGCUACAAGUUGGAGCAGAAACUGGUGCAGAAACUAGUGCAAAAUCUUGUGCAGAAUCUAUUUUGAUUGUUUUGAAGCUUUAG